CCCCUUGUAGGCUGCUCCUCUUCGUUUUCUUCUCAACUAUCUUUUCUUUUCUUUGUAUGAACGAAAGCUUCAGUGGAGAUAUUCAGUUUCAUUUACUAUGUUUCAUGAUCUUUAAGUUCUAUUCCAAAGUCGUAUGCUAGAGUGAUUAUUUGAUCCAGUCUCUUUCACCGCAUCUACUGCGAUUAUGACUUCUCCCCAUGCAACAGAUGGAAAGCCACCAUCAUCUCUCCAAGCUACUGAGUCUACACCACUGUUGCAUCAAUCUUCCCGUCAAUCAUUAUAUACCAGUCAAGAGGAUACGACUGUAGAUAAGGAUGUUGAUCCAAGCCUGUCCUCAACCCUUUUCGCCCCCGAAGAAGACCCGGCGUUGCUUAGUCUCUCCAGAGUCACCUCAAUCCCCCAGGGGCUCGAUAUUGAACCUAAUCUCGAACGACUCCCUUCUGCUCCCGUGAGCCAGAAACAAGUGCCCGGAGAUGCUGAAGAUGGAGUUGCCGGGGAGCCUACUGGCUAUGCUUCACGGUUCAUCAAUGUCUCACCCAUGAGAUUCUGGCUUAUCUUCUCUGGUAUCAUGAUGGGAUACGUGAUCGGAUUUUUUGACUCCACCCUGAUGGCUUCGAGUCACCCUGUUAUAACCUCAUACUUCCACGCUUCGAACUCCGCAUCUUGGCUAUCGACCGCGUUCCUAUUGACGUCUACCGCUUUCCUCCCGCUCUUUGGGCGUAUUUCUGACACAUUUGGAAGGAAGCCAGUCUAUCUUUUCGCCAUUGCCAUCUUUUUCGUCACAACGGCAUGGUGUGCAGCCGCCCAAAGCAUGUUCAGCUUCAUCGCUGCCCGAGCAUUUUGCGGACUCGGCGCUGGCGGUGUCUUCUCCAUGGGCAUGAUUCUCUCCAGCGAUCUAGUGCGCCUUGAAUACCGAGGCGUUUAUCAGUCCUACAUCAACCUCUGUCUGGGCAUUGGUGGCUGCCUUGGGUUGGCAUUUGGCGGGUUCCUGUGCGACCAAGUGGGAUGGAGAGGUGCGUUCCUCGUGCAAUUGCCCUUCAUCUUUGUUUACUUCAUCGUGGCAGCUUGGACAACCCCUGCCGACCUGGGCUUGAAGAGGGCGAAAACAGAGAGGAAGAGUCUCAUGCAGCUCCUCAAGAGCAUUGACCUUGUGGGCUCGUUCAUACUUGUCGUCGGCGUGACUUCAUUGAUUAUGGGACUGAAUCUGGGUGGUAAUGUGUUGAGCUGGACUCACCCCAUUGUUAUCACGUCCUUGAUCUCAUCCUUCAUCUUAGCUGUUGUUUUUGUUCGCUAUGAGCGGACCGUGGAGCGGGGAGUAAUGCCAAUCUCGUUAUUGGUACAGGAGCCUCGCGCCAGCCUUAUCUUUGGAAACUUCUUCGGCGCCAUCUCCGUUAACACUAUGGUCUUCAAUGCACCCCUGUAUUUUCAGGCAGUCAAGCUAGCUACUCCGACUGACUCGGGUCUCAGGCUAAUUGGCUCAACUCUUGCGGUGACAAUCUCCAGUGUGUCGACAGGCUUCAUCAUCACUUGGACUAAACGGCUUAAGCCAACCAUCAUCUUCGGCGACAUCUUUCUACUGCUCGGUGGUUGCGCUGCCGCUUCCAUGGGCGUUGGUACGCCUGAUUGGCUUGCGAUGGUUUGCGUUUCGCUCUCCAGUCUCGGACAAGGAUGCUCUUUCCCCUCGCUAAUGGUAUCGGUUCUUGCCACUACUGAUCAAGAGGACCAGGCCGUGGCCACGACGACCUUGGGUUUGUGGAGAAACCUCGGAUCGGUGAUGGGUGUCGCAACCAGCAGCUGGAUCUUUCAGAACACCCUCGUGUAUCAACUCGAAGAGAUGGUCACCGGACCAAACAAGGAGGAUGUCAUCCUCCUGGUUCGCAAAUCCGUCCAAGCAAUCGCAAAACUCGAUUCAAUGCAUCAGCAACAAGGUAAGUGAUGGAUAAUGUACCCGUGGAAGUUAGAGGUACUAAACCUUGCCUAGUGAUCGGAGCGUAUGCUGCUAGCCCUUCGCGCUACUUUCUUCUCUGCUGCCAUCUGGGGUGCUCUUAUGCUCAUUCUGCACCUUCGAGCCCGAGUCCCCAGACUGGGAACUAAAGCAUAAGGACUUGAGCUGCUGAUCUGCUACAGUACAUGGUGUUGGCCGGACGAAUGUAGACGGCGAUAAAAUAGACCUCUCUUGCAGCUGCUAUCUUGAACAGCACGUUGCUGAAGACCUCAUUGAUUCACGACUCAAUGCCCAAAAGUUAUGGAUAAAGGUAAUGUUGGUUAAAAUUGCGAGCUUUAUCAAGGGAUGUGAACACUUUACAGACAAUCAUAGAAGUAAAAUUACGAAUUUCUGAAAAGCACCACAUCAUGUAGACUAUGAAAUGAAAUAAUUAAGCGGGACCGUAUC